AGGGAAGAGGAGCAGUCGACUGUUACAGAGUGGUUGCCUGGUGACCACUUUCGAUACAAAGAUGUUUGUUUGAUCCAGGAGAAACAAGCGGGACCACAUCUGCAUACACCUCAAUUUUUUGUAAUUGGUAGAUAGUUAAGGAAGCGGAACAUUAGAAGCUGCCGAAUGUGCGACUCGGAUAAUGCUCAAUAUCUCAAAAGGCGAAUUAAAUUCGAUUCCAUCGAUGUACACCCAAUCGAAAAGGCCCUUGUUGUUUUCUAUCGAAUAGAAGCUAUGCUUCUCUCCAGUGAUGGAGAACCAGUAACUGGUGAAAAAAGAGAGGCUCAGAAGAUGAUAAAGGUUCAAAGCUUGAAUUCCUCUACAGACAUAAAUGGUCUGGCUAAAGAAGUGAUCCAUCAAUGCAAACUGAUACCCAGUUCAAGACUCAACGAAGUUCAACAACUUUUAAGUUACUUACAAGCAAGACCUGACAACAAGCCUGCAAAUAUGACUGAGAAAUUGAGACCCAUGACAAGUAGUCAAAUGAUGAGAAAUGAUGAAAUGGCUGACAUUAUCAACCAGCAAAUGGAUGAGCAGGCAUCUAUGGGGAAAUUGGAAGCUUAUAUUGAACUUCUGUACGAAGAGCUGGAAGGGAAAAUACGGGGAACAUCUCUCAUCUUGCAGCUGGCAAAGCGCAAUGAAAACCUGCAAGAUUUGAGUCGUAACGAAGCUUUAAUCGGUGCUCUAUAUCGUGUACUACGUGAAGAUGGCAGAAAACAUUAUGCCCUUGCUGUUAACAUAGCCUUCACAUUUUUCUAUUUCGCUUCGUUUUCCUCUUUCCACCCGAUGCUCACUCGCUUCAAAGUUGGCUCGCUACUGAUGGAAAUUGUACGCGGGGAAUUUCUUAGGUUCGAACAGUGGGAGAGCGAACUGAAUUUGGGACAUUUUGAACAAGAAGGUUUACACAGGAAAUUUCAAACGGCCCUCCUACAACAGACUCUACUCAUCCGUACUUGCUUUUACGUGUUGCUUCAUUUGUCGGAAGACCCUAGCGUGGAGGAUAAAAUGCGAAAGAAAGGAAUAGUUUCCUUGCUCAUUCGAACACUUCAACGCAAACAUAUCCAUUCCAGUGUUAACGAGCUAAACUAUUUGGUGUUGACGUUCCUGCAAAAGUUAUCAAUCUUUGGCGAGAAUAAAGACGAAAUGGCCCAACUGGGAGUGAUUGAGAAAGCGGCCAUUCUCGUAGAUUCACCGCACCGCUUAGUCCAGGAUUCUGCUGCUCGAGUCUUGUAUAAUCUUUCCUUUGAUCCCGUCCUACGACUUCGUAUAGGGAGACUAGGAUUGUUGCCUUCUUUGAUACGAAUGAUGCUGACCGACUCUCAAGGAGGAAAUAUUGCAUGGGCCUUAGUCUACCAGAUUAGUCUGGAUGACCGAGGUCGGAUCCUUAUCAGUCGCUCAGAAUGCUUUUCCUUUGUUUUGGAAUACCUUUUACGCUGCAAAGAAAUUCCCCUACCGUCCAUUCCACUUGCCCUUGCUGUCAACCUAGCCCAUGUUCCAAAACUUGCCAGCGAGUUAUCUCAAAGCAAAUAUUUUGUCCUGUUUUUGGACUUGGCGAUAGUAAAUCAAGAUGCAGUACUGAUAAAGCUGCUCCGCAACGCAGCUGGUCACGCGAUGUCGUCGCAGUCGAGCAAUCCCGUCGUAAUGGACAAGCUUGUCGAUGCCAUUUUGAAAUCUUCUGGCGUCUACUUCAAUUCUGAAGCUCUAGGAUUGCUGGCUAAUCUGGGAGAAUUCUCGCUACCGACUGGGUGGGAAACAAUAUUUAACGAAAAAAGCUUUUUGAGAUGGAUCGAUCAACAUCUCCAACCAGGUUCUAGCCCCUUUGAUGUUCAGCUCUCAGCUGUUCUGGUGCUACGCGCUAUUGCAGCCGCUCCGGAAGCUAGCCUACAACUAAUCGAAUCGGGAUUAGUAUCGACAUUGUUGAACUUACUGAGAAUGCAACAGGAGGACGACGAAUUUGUCUUACAAAUUUUACAUGUUUUCUAUCGUCUUCUGCGCCAUGACGAAAUACGCUUCAUUAUCGUGAACAAAUUUGAAGACAUCCCAGCUUCAUUUCUCGACCUCAUGACCGACCAAAAUCUAGAAGUGCGCAAAGUGUGCGAAAGAGGACUGAUGUUAAUCGCCGAAGCAGAUGCCAAAUGGGAAGAACGCAUUAAAAACGAACGUUUCUGCUGGCACAACGCUCAGUGGCUAGAGGCUAUUGCUAAAACGAAUCUCUUGUCAUCGCCUGGAACUGAAGAUGAGCAAAGUAUUGCUGGCAGUGUUUUAGAUCUGUGCGUACAUCACGCGGAUUUACUCGAUCGGGCUAGUAAUUCCGCGUCAAGUUUUGGCUCCCCAGAGUCUCGGAUCGGCUCUCCUGUCGAUUCAAUCGAUGCUUUGGACACGCAGAUGUAAUUACGGGCCUUUGUCAACCUUCUACGAUGAAAAACAGCUCACGGGAUUUGCUAGUCGUCCUUCUUUAUUUCGGUGUGCUUUACCUUAUGUUCCCAAUUUCUGUGAUUCAUUCUUUUUCAAACAGCGUACAACAUAAUGAUUCCGAUUACGUUUGCUUGAUUUUUAUUGAUUUAUUUAUGUCUUCGCCUAACGAGGUGCUAACUGUCUGCCCUGCCUGAUCCUUCAAUCAACUGCUAUUUAAUUAUUUUUGCGUACAUUUUUUCCCCCCCAUUGCUUGUGUGCUUUUCGUUCGGGGCAAAUGACCUAGUAAAGACGAUAAAGAGAAAACUGGUUUUUCUUCGGUUUCUGAGCACGCGACCUCUCGAGUAAUCUCGAUGACCUUUAGGAUAAGGCAUCCGCCGCCUUCAGAUAUAACUUACACUACAAGGAUUCUCAGCAUCGAUUGGACUUUGGUUGAGUUAUCAGCCUCUGAAACUUUAGCCUGUACCACGUACACCACAUUUCACUACAGAAAAAGAAGCGUAGUUGAACACGAAAGUGUCACAGCUGUAUCAGCGGGAUGGCUUCAAAAACUGCUUUCGAUUACACUAGCUCCCAUAGCAAUCUGUACAACCCAGACCAACGAGUUUGAGUACUAAGUGGGGAAAACUUGCUCAACACGUUCCCCAAUUCGACGACAUGUUUGUCCAUUUAUUCGCUAUACUAUUCGUGGUAUCCCCGCAGUUUCGUUCGGUGCAAGGAGAAUGUCCUCGUGGCUACAAAGCGAAUUCAUCGGGCGGCAGAGAUGCAGCUAAAAAAUCGGAGAGCCAAAGGAUCCUGGAGAAUUUCCUUAACGAAAGAGACGAGGCCACCAUCCGUUCCACUUGGAAUACUGCCAAAAACAAUGAUAACAUUGGUCCAAAAACAUUUCUACGGUACUUUGAAUUAAAGCCUGAAGCCCAGAAAAUGUUCCCGGCAUUUGCAGAAGUAGAUCACGCAAAACUACCAACCAAUGACGAUUUUCUCGCUCAAGCACAGAACUGCGUUUCCGGCCUUAAUUCAUACAUUGAGCACCUCGGUAAAAACCCUAGAAAUUGUCCAUUUAUCGCUAAGGCCAAAGGAAAAUACCAUCACGAAGAUCUCAAGCUUCUAGGAGUGACACUUAUGGGAGUGUUGGAAGAAGAGUUAGGAAAGGGCUUCACUGAUGAAUCAAGGGAAGCAUGGAGAAAGGGGCUUCAUGCCAUGAAUGAAGCCGUCUCGAAAAAAACUGCUUCGAGACGUUGAUAGUUUGCCACUCAAACCAUUUGCAAUUUGUCCAUCAAGUAGAAGUUUUAUCAAGUGAUUGUGGAACUCGAACAUAAUACACAGGCAACAUUUA